UGCGAGGAAUCAGAACAAACUACGUUAAGUAAAUUAUUGAGUAAUCUUAAAAUAAAUUACUACAGAGUAAUCAAAACAUACUACUGUAUGCCACAUGUUAUGCGGAGAAAAGUUAUUAAAAGGAACAAUGUUUUAAAAUAUGUUUCGUAGUCUUCUUCUUAUGACUUCGCUAACAUACUUACUCAUAGUCUUGUUAGAACAAUAGUUUAAUAAAAAAAUAUGUUUAUAACUAUUAUACAAAAAAUAAAUAUAAAAAAAUAAUUAAAAAAGAAUGAAAAGCGAAGAUUGGCGUGAAAUCCUAACUAAGGAAAUAAAAGCUAUACAAGCAGUAUAUAUGGAUGAUAACGUGAAUUAUUCUGAGGGUUAUGGAUCUCCAGAAAUUGUUUUAAAAUUAGCACCAUUGCAAAGUGUUGUGGGAAAGGAUGUUCAUGUCAGGGUUGAUCUUCGGGUUCUAUUUACCACACGUUAUCCAUAUGAUCCUCCUGUCCUAAAAUUGGAAAAUGCAAAAGGUAUUUCAAAUGAAAAUUUGUUGCAGCUAAUGGAAAAUCUUAAUAAAAUGGCUCUCAGUCUGUGUGGUGAGGUUAUGGUGUUACAGUUAGCACACUAUGUUCAAGAAUUUCUUCAUUCACAAAAUGUUCCAAGUCUUUCUUUUCAUGUUCAAAUGCUUGCCAAUCAAAAGAUGCAAGAAACAAUGGAAUUACUUGAACAAAAAAAAUUACGAGAAGCAAAAUAUGCAAAAAAUGAGGGUUUGAACAGUCAAUCAGAGAAACAGAGCAGUGAAUCUCUUAUAAAUAAAUUUUCUUGUUUGCGUUCUGUUACUCCAAAGAUAUCUGUUGUAGUGUUUAAGAAAAAUAUGGAAAAAAAAUUCUUUUGCAGUUCAUGUGUUGCUCAUUAUUUUGAUGGUGCAUGCACCUUAAAUGCCAUAGAAGAUUGUUCUGGAAAAAUAUUUUCAGUUGUUCAAUGGAAUAUUAAAAGUCUUCUUAAAAAAAGUAUGGAAAAAGGGAAAAUGCCAUCCAAUGAUACAGUUUCAAGACAGGUUCAAUUAAUUGAACAAGAAAGUACACUUUUAGGCAGUACGAUUUUGUUUGAUGGCAUCAUAAGUUAUCAUAUGCUAGAAAUAAGUCAAGAUAACUUGAACAUUAAGCUUUUAGUAGACAACUUAAACGGUCUUCCUUUAUCCAGUUUUAUUCAAGAAGGUGGUAUGCCUAUCUCUUUUAUUUUUGAGAUUUCUAAACAACUUAUAGAGAAGCUUAAAUUUCUUCAUAGUCUUUUGGUGAUUCAUAGGGACUUGAAUUUGUGCAAUACAUUUAUUUCCAGUAGUAACAAAUUAAUUGUUAGUGGAUAUGGUGUGAUAAAACGGAUAUCAGAUUAUGUUAAUAUGUUCACUGAAGAUAUCAAUUGUGAUAAUGAAGCAAAGAAUAAGGAUGAUUUUUCUUUUCAUAGUUAUCAAAAGAAAAUUAAACCAGGGAAAAAAGGAGAUAUUUUUUAUAUGGGAUUAAUACUUCUAUCAUUGUACACAGGAAAAUUAGAUCAUGGUUAUCCAAUAAUUAUUCCUAACACUAUCAUGGAACCUUUCAAUUCAUUUCUUAAAAGUUGUCUUGCUGAUGAUGAAAAGAAAAGACUAAGUUUAAAUGAACUAGCUCAGCACAAAUUUGUUUGUGAAAAAUUAUCAUCCGUUCAAGUAUCAAGAUUCAUGCAAGAGAAUGUUUCUAAACAUACGUAUGGUAAAUCAAAUAAAGUUGAUUUUAAAAUGCAUUUAUCAAAUGAACAACUAGUAUUAGGAAAUUCAAGAAUAAAAAGUGAGUUUGAAGACAUUCACUGGUUGGGUAAAGGAGGCUUUGGAAGUGUUUUUAAGGCAAAAAACAAAUUAGACAGCAAUUUUUAUGCAGUUAAAAGGAUACCAUUGAACUCAAAGAGUUCACAUUUAAACAAACGUAUUAUCAGAGAAGUUAAACUUUUAUCAAGAUUAAAUCAUGAAAAUGUAGUCAGGUAUUAUAACUCAUGGAUUGAAGCAGAUGUUCAAUUACCAUUAGAAUCAAAUACAGAAAGUCCAAGUUUUUCUGCAGUGUAUAAAGAGUCUACUCAUAAUAAUGAAAUUGAUGACUCGUUAAAUUCAUCUGAUUCAGAUGAAUCUGACGAUGUAACUUCUACAUCCGAAAGUUCAGAUGUUCCUCCUCAGUUUUUAUAUAUUCAAAUGGAGUUUUGUGAAAAGCAAACACUUAACACUGCUAUUGAAGGUGGAUUAUACAAACAGCCAGAGAGAGUUUGGAAGUUAUUUCGGGAGAUUGUGGAAGGCAUUGCUCAUGUUCAUGCCCAGGGUAUUAUUCAUCGUGAUUUAAAGCCAGUAAACAUUUUUUUGGAUUCUACAGACAGAAUAAAAAUUGGUGACUUUGGGCUUGCCACUUCACAUGCCUCAUUUAAUUUUGAUGCAGCAGCACUCUUUCAAUCUUGUGACUCAACUUAUUCAAAUGAUUAUAGGAUGUUGAGUAAUGAUAGUAGAAUGACUGCAAAUGUUGGAACAGCUCUUUAUGUCGCACCAGAACUUGGACAAGCAAAUAGUUUUAUUAGGUUUUCACAAAAAGUUGAUAUAUAUAGUUUGGGCAUAAUUUUGUUUGAAAUGUUUUAUCAUUUUGAAACAUCUAUGGAGAGAGUUAAAGUUAUAGACUUACUUCGAAAGGAUGAAAUCAUUUUUCCCCAAGAUUUUACUGAUAACAAAUAUGAAAAAGAGAAGUUUCUUAUAAAUUGGCUUCUCAAUCACUCCCCUGAUUCCCGCCCAACUGCUUUGGAGUUAAUGGAAAGCGGAUAUUUACCCCCAAGGAUUGAAGACAGUCAAUUAGAUGAGAUAGUUACACACACAUUAUCUCAAAAGAAUUCAACAAGAUAUCAACGAUUAAUAUCAGCAUUUUUUACUCAAAAUGUUUCUCCAGUCUCUGACCAGAUAUAUGAUCAAGAUUUGUUUGGUAAAAACGAAAAUCAUACAAUACAACAAGCUCGCAUUCUGCAAUAUGUACAAAGCAUUAUGACAAAUAUAUUUAAGAAACAUGGAGCUGUAUUUAUUGAUACACCUUUACUAACACCUAAAGGAAAAAAUUAUGAAAAUAUUCAUAAUCUUGCUUGUGUUUUGGAUCCUAGUGGAUUACAGUUAUGUCUUCCAGUUGAUUCUAGACUUAGUUUUUCAAGAUUUAUUAUUAGAAAUAAAAUAAACCAUAUUCGUAGAUAUUGUUUUAGCAAAUUAUAUAAAGAUUUUGGAAUUAAAGGAGCUCAUCCAGUUGAAUCAUGGGAUUGCUCUUUUGAUAUUGUUUCAAACUCAUUCUCAAGCUUCUUGCCAGAAGCAGAAAUUAUGUAUAGUGUUUAUGAAAUAAUCAAGGAGUUUCCAUCUUUAACUCAAAGAAAUUUAUACAUUCGUCUUAAUCAUUCAAAGUUCAUUGAAGCAAUUUUUUUGCAAAAUGGAUUUAGUAAAGAAGCUCAACAAGAAGUAUAUCAUAUACUUGAACAUGUCAUUGAUAAGAAACAGCAAAAUUCAAUGUUAAAAGAUUUUUUUAUAUACUUGGACCUUCCAGAGCAUGUUAUAACACGCUUGCUAGUUUGUUUUACUUUUGAAGGAAGUUUAGCAAAAGCAAAAGAGAGUUUACAGAUUUUAUGCAAAUCAAAAGCAGAAAUAAGUACUCUAGCUAAACAAGCGUUUUCUGAAAUAGAAAAACUUAUAAAACAUUUAAAAAACAUGUUCGUUGACAUUCCUGUUCACAUUUGUACAUCACUAAUCCACAAUUCUAAUUGUUAUUCAGGACUUAUAUUUCAAUAUGUAGUAAAAAAUCAGAGAAAGCAUAAAUAUCGCAGAUUAAACAUAUUAGCUGUAGGAGGAUGUUAUGAUAAACAAAUUGAAUCGCUGAGAAAAUAUGCUAAAUCAACGUUACCUCAUGCAGUUGGAGUCAGUUUAGAAGUUGAGUAUUUUUUACAUGCUGCGCGUAAAGAUAAAAUAAAAUCUUUGAAUUCACACAUCAGUAAUUGCAGUGUUGUUGUUUGUUCAUUGACCAGUUCUACUAAUUUAAACUCGUUAGUUAAUGUUAUACGUGACUUGUGGGCUGGAGGUAUUAGUGCUGUCUUAUACUCUUAUGACUCUGAACAAAGUUAUACUAUUGAAGACAUUCAAAAUUACUGCAAGGAAAAUAACAUAAAUCAUAUUGUUGCAAUAAAAGAUUCUUUUAUAGGGGUACAGUCUAGAGAGGAAGAAAUUUUUGGUGAUUGGCGUGCUCUUUCUGGAAACGAACUGAAUGACUAUCUCAACCAACACUUGUUAAGUAAAAUAGAACAUAGAACAGAGUCUAGAGAAAUGGAAACAAUAACCAAGGAUGUUGGUAUAGGACAUGAUAAAGAUGAGAUAUAGGAAAUAACUUUAACAUAACAAAAGUUUCCGGCUACAUAAUAAAUAUAAUUGAUUAAAGACAUUUAAUUAAUAAAAGAUGGUUGCAUUUCUUAGCAUACACGAAUUAAAAUUUACGAGUUUAAAAAAUUGAAUCAUUAAACAACUGCAAAUCAACUGCGAAUGUCAAGAAAACUGCUGCUUUCGGUACUACGUAUGAGCUAAAGGAGCUUAUGUUAGACGUAGUAUUGUGACACUACGAUUAAAUUUUGUGGGACUUUUUGGUAUUAAAAACCAUUAAUUAGUAAAAAGAAAGUAAUAAGAUGAAGAAAGAAAAAAGAUCUAUAAAGAACAAUAUGCCAAAUAUUGAGAAAGAAAAAUCAAAGAUUGGAAAAAAUUAGCUCAGAUCUAAACCUAAUAUUUUUGGUAGCGAUGGUAACGAGUGAUACGAGCGAUGAUACACAAGUGAUACGAGCGAUGGUACACGAGUGAUACGAGCGAUGGUACACGAGUGAUACGAGCGAUGAUACACAAGUGAUUAGUUUUAUAAAUAGAAAAUAACAUUCUAAACCUUUACAUUUUUGCAUGGUAUACGAGUUUUACAUGCUAUACGAGUACAAUUUACAUGCUAUACGCUAUUUUAUAUGCUAUAUAUUAAUUUCAAAAAUAAAAAAGAACAUUUGUCUUUGUUAA